CGUACUCUAUCUACUAGCAAUGCAUUUGUCGGUAUUUUUUUGUAUUGCAUCACUGAAAUUUCGUCAGUAGUCCACGCCGUCUGACUAAAUUAAAUUUAACUUCUAAGUUGAUUUAAAAUAUAUAUGCAAUGCAAACAACGCAUAUAUAUAUUUAUAUAUAAUAUGACUUAAAAAAAAUUGUUUAACAUAAUUAUUAAAUUACAUAAUGACUGUAAAUAAAAAAUCGGUAUCUAAGUAUUCUAGAGUGUUCAAUAAUUAGUUAUUUAAAUAUAACAAAACGUGUGUAACAUUACCGCCGCCAUUGCGCAUUUUAAUAUAAUUACGCAAGUACUCUGUUAUUAAAAAGUCAACAAUGGCUAGUUAUGUCACAAUGGAUUCAACACGACAGUCUGAUGAAACAAUGGAGGAUGAUAAUGAUGAUAAAGAUGAUACGAAGAGGAAAUCACGAAAUUUAAGUGAAAAGAAAAGACGAGAUCAGUUCAAUAUGCUGGUCAAUGAGUUGGGUAGUAUGGUCAGUACCAAUACACGUAAAAUGGACAAAUCAACGGUUUUAAAAUCAACAAUAUUAUUUUUAAAAAAUCAUAAUGAAAUUGCUGUACGUUCACGGGCCCACGAGAUCCAAGAAGACUGGAAGCCGUCAUUCCUCUCAAACGAAGAGUUCACUCACCUGAUACUCGAAGCAUUGGACGGAUUUAUAAUGAUAUUUUCAUCGAACGGUCGCAUUUACUACGCAUCUGAAAGUGUGAGCUCGCUGCUGGGCUACCUGCCUAGUGAGCUAACCAACUCAAGCAUUUACGAGAUAACUUACGAAGAGGACCAAUCGCUUCUUUACAACAUUCUACUCAACCCCAGCCCGGUUCUCGACCACCACCAAAUAAAAGAAGAGCACCAGGUCUCCUUUACCUGUCACAUAAAACGUGGAAGCCUUGAUCUCCAAGAAGAGCCGACCUAUGAACGGGUUCGUUUCGUCGGUUACUUCCGUUCGAACUCAGACAUCGAGUCCCUUUUACCCAGCAAUCGUUACUCCUCGAGCACCAGCGACUCUAAAGUCAUUUUCGUCGGCACCGGUCGUCUACUUACCCCCCAUUUAAUUCAAUACAUGUCACUAGUGGACAGUACCAAGCUAGAAUUUACCUCAAGACACAGUCUCGAGUGGAAGUUUUUAUUUCUAGACCAUCGGGCGCCUCCAAUAAUCGGGUACCUGCCCUUCGAAGUUCUCGGCACUUCUGGCUACGAUUAUUACCACGUUGAUGAUCUAGAUAAAGUCGUCUCUUGCCACGAAUCUCUGAUGAAAAAAGGCGAAGGGACUUCCUGUCACUAUCGUUUUUUAACGAAAGGCCAGCAGUGGAUUUGGCUUCAAACCCGAUUCUAUAUUGACUACAAUCAAUGGAACUCAAAACCUGAGUUCAUUGUCUGUACCCACAAAGUUGUGAGCUACACUGAAGUACUUAAACAAUUAAAAAAACUCAAAGAUGGACCUAAUCAAGAGACAACUGAAUCAAUAACUGCAGCAGUGAUAACACCUACUGCAACUAAACAAACACGUUCAUCAUGGUCACCAAAAUCUAGCCGCACUAAAAUUACUUCACAAAAUAUUUACCGAGGUACUGAAGCAGAUACUGCGUCUUUAUCGGUUAGUCCACAAAGUUUACGACAAUCUGUAUCGACAACACAAAGUCCUAAAUCUAAAAUAAUUCAAAAUACUGUGAAAUCUGGACCAGGACUUAAUGGACAAAGACUCGGACUAAAUGGACAAGGAACGAUAGUUAAUGGACAAGUACCACCUAGUAGACGGGAACCAGGAGCUUGUGGACAAGGUCCAGAGUCUAAUGAACAAAAUCUAGGCUCUGGUGGACAAGGUCUUGUAUCUAGUGUACAAGGUCUUGGAUCUAGUGGACAAGGGUCAAGAUCAAAUGGACUAGGGCCAGAGCUUAGUGGACAGAGACCAGGUCCUAGUGGACAAAUAUCUAGACCAAGAAGACAAUUAGCUAUUGAAUUAGGGCCUGAUGAAGUCUGUAAUAAUUAUAUUGAACCAAAUUAUACAGAAUCAAUAAUAUCUGCAGUUCCAGCUACAAAUUUUUUAUCACCAGCUCCACCAGUUACCGUAACAUUACCCAGUACGAUGGUUGUUAAUCCUCAGUCAAUAACAGCAAUUUCACAAAAUCAAAUGCAGUCGGAGUUGCAGCGAAAGCAUGAAGAGUUACAGCAACUGAUAGUGCACCAGCAAGAAGAACUGAGACGUGUAUCAGAACAAUUAUUGAUAGCGCGUUAUGGUAUUUUAUCACCGCUUAUAAAUACCAAUUUGCCGCAAUACAACGGGGCUGCUGGGAUUGGUAGUGUCGGGAGUGUCAGUGUGACUGGUGCGUGUCAAGGUAAUGAGGAAAGAACUGAACCCACUAGUGUCAAUGAUGUGAGCAUCAAUAUUUUGCCAGUACCAGUUAGCAUCCCAGUUCCAGUUAGUGUCCCAGUACCCAUUUUACCCAUACCUACUUUCCCGCAUUCCCCGACAGUGAUCCCGGUCGCGCCGAUAGUCAUUCCAGCCCAGGUUACUGAUAAUUCAGCGACGGUGCCAUUUAUUAGCCAGCAGAGACUUCUACAAGAGCCACGAAGACACGAAGGGAUCCAACAUUCCCAGCAGGCCCAGGGUCAAGGACUGAUUGAUGGGGAAAUGAUUAAUUACUCAAUUGGCCAACAAGAUAUUAUUUACAACAACGCCGAAGCUAGAAAUACCCAUAGAUCGAUGAUUAAUCAAUAGCUGGUUAAUUAAUUAAAUUUAUUUGGCCAAGUAAAUUUCUUAUUCCGGUAUGAAAAGGUUGAUAAUUAUCGUGGCCUUAGUGAGUGAAGAUAAAAAAUUUUAAAUGAGAUUUAUAAAUAUUAUUUUACACAUAUAUAGACAAUACUUAAAUAAAUUUAACAAGUAGUUAAUUAAAUUUUGUGCUGAUUAAUUUUUAAUUACUGUUAAUUAUCCAAUCAAUAAACUAGAAAUUGAUAUUAAUCAAUUAUAAUAUAGAAAUUGAUAGUUUUGAAAUUUGAAUUUUUUAAUUUAAAAAAAAAAAAUUUCAAAAAAGUUGAUCUAUUUUAAUCUGAUUAAAUGUCAUUAGAUAUAAAUUAUUUUUUUC